AGGGCGGGGCAAUGAGAAGGGCCAGCACCAAUCUCCCUCUUGGGGAAAAGGGACACCAAUGCCAUCCCUCACAGUGCAGGUGGCCUAGGGCUUGAGAUAACAACACUGUUUCAGCAAUGAAGGGGAAAUGCCAGUGACCAGCACUAAUGAGGGACAGCAACGGGGGAGGGAGGGAGUUCAUUACCACAGAACGGAGGAACAAAGCGGAUGGGCAAGAAGUGGGGAGGCCCAGCCUUCCACUGUAUCCUCCUCCCAGAAGGAAGCCGACCUACUGCCCUCCAAACACGGAAAGCAAGAACCUCAUUCUCGGGAGCCUUUUCUUUGCCAGUCAGACUAGCAGAAGUCAGCGAAGCCUCGGGGGAAUUGAGCAGGCCUACAGCAAGGAUUGUAUAGAAAGAGUGAACUUGGGAACACUGCCUUCUCUCUGGGAGCAGUAUUGUGGCACUGAGAAAAAUGGAGACCAAAUUUGUGGUAAUCUGUCUCAAAACCCUCCUCCUCACCUACUCCUUUUUCUUUUGGAUCACGGGAAUGAUCCUGUUGGUUAUUGGAGUCUGGGGAAAACUUAAUCUGGGCAUCUAUUUAUCUCUUAUUGCCCGGCACUACACAGAUAUUCCCUCUCUGCUUAUUGGAACAGGCGCCAUGAUUGUCAGUUUUGGUCUAUUUGGAUGCGUUGCUGCAUGCCGAGGUAACCCGUGCAUGUUGAAGCUGUAUUCUCUGUUUCUGUCGCUGGUGUUCCUGGCUGAGCUUCUUGUUAGCGUUUCAGGACUUCUGUUUCACAGUGGGAUCAAGGCCAGCUUCCUGCAGAUUUACACCAAUGCGGUGCAGAAUUAUAAUGGCAAUGAUGAACAGAGCCAGGCAGUGGACCAGGUGCAGUAUAGCCUGGUAUGCUGUGGUGUGAAGAACUACAGCAACUGGGAAACCAGCCCCUACUUCCUGGAUCAUGGGAUCCCCCGAAGCUGCUGUAAGGAGGAAAGCGAUUGCGACUCCCAGGAUCUACACAACUUGACUGUAGCUGCCACCAAGGUUAAGCAGAGGGGCUGCUAUGAUCUGAUGAUGAAUUUCUUGGAGGCAAACAUGGUGACCAUCAUUGAAGUGCUCUUUGUGGUCACAUUCUCUCAGUUGAUUGGCACCAGACUGUCCUGUUGUCUGUCCCAGUAUAUCGUGGCCCAUCAACAUGAGAUGGUAUGA